UAGAAGCUACUGCCAUAACUAACAACACCAAGCUUCCUGCAAGCGAGUGUCGAUCGGGUCCGAUUUAAUCUUCAUUUUCGUUUUCAUAAUCGCCUCACUGCGGUUUGUGCCAAGUGGGGUUUUUGUACGUACGUGUCAGAUUGUAUGAAUCCACGUGCAUUGAGCGUAUCCGCGCGGAUUGCAAAUAUACAUAGGGAAAGGGUUUGAGGAAAUCGGAAUCGGAUUGCAGGCUGAUAAUUAUUGUUUGUGUGUGUCUUGGAUAUAAGAGAGGAUUUUGGGGUUUGGGGUUGUGCUUGUGCUUGUGCGUAUAUUUGUUUAAUCGUUGUUUUCUAUUUAAUUUUCCUGCAAUUGUGAUUUCAUGGCCGCUUGCGGAGAGGUUUAUGGCGAGGAGGCGUUGGAGGUGAAGUCUCCGGCCGCCGUUCUCGAUCCACCAUCGCUGAAGAAUGCUAAUCCUAUUCCCAGUGAUAAACCCACUGAAAAGCCCGGGAGUUCCAAUUCCGAGAUAUCUGAUCAGGAGAGUGAUGCGCCGGAUUGUGUUCGGGAGUCCGCUCUGAAGUCAAAUGCGGAUUCGGAAUCCGAGCGGCAGAUGAAAGGUUUUGUCGAUUUUCUGAAGAAAAUGAAGCUGAAUCCACAGGCGAAGGAGUUUGUUCCUUCUUAUUAUUAUUACAGCCCGAUGGGGACUUAUUACUUUCUGACGCCUGAUCAGAACUUGCGAAACGAAGCCUCAUCGAAUGAUCUGAAGAAAAGAAACAACAACAACCCAGGUAAGAAGAGAGCAAGCCGCAGGGCAUCCAAAGCUCAAACAGAAGACAGGAUUAAGCGAACUGUUUAUAUUUCUGACAUUGAUCACAAUAUUACUGAGGAGCGGCUCGCUGAUUUGUUUAGCAAAUGUGGACACAUUGUUGAUUGUCGUGUGUGUGGCGAUCCUCGCUCUCGUCUUCGCUUUGCUUUUGUAGAAUUUGCGGAGGAUUUUUCUGCUAAAGCUUCUCUUAGCCUUUCCGGGAUGAUGUUGGAAUCCUCUUCUAUCAAGGUCAUGCCUUCUAAAACAGCUAUUCUUCCUGUGAACCCGACCUUCCUACCCAGGUCAGAGGAUGAACGUGAAAUGUGUGCCAGGACUGUCUACUGCACAAACAUUGACAGAAAGGCUACUGAAGAAGAUGUCAGGACAUUUUUUGAAAGGAAAUGUGGAGAGGUUUCUCAACUGAGGCUCUUGGUUGAUCACACACUCUCCACCAAAAUUGCUUUUGUUGAAUUUUCUGAGGCUGAGUGUGCAACUUCAGCACUAGAUUGUUGUGGAGAAAUGCUGGGAAAUCGUCGUAUCAGGAUUAGCCCUUCAAAGACACCCGUGAGGUCGCUAACUUCCAGCGCCAGUGCAUAGUCGGAUCGCUUCUAAAAAUGCCGAUGCAGUGGGAAAGUGAAGAGAGGUUAAUUGGUGGCUGCCUUGGAUAUGAAUGCAGUAAGAUAGAAGAUGAACUUGUUUUGGUUUGUUUUCUUACAUCUCUCAGUUCUCAUGAAAACAUACAAACAAAUUUUUGUUCCAUUUACAAUUUCCUGCGCCAGAAUUCAGCAACCAUUUGAGUUUUUCUGGUUGAUAUUUUGGAAUUAGCUAUACAUCACAUGCUUGAUGCCUGGUUUGU